AUGGCCUCCAGAGCCCGUGGCCUAGACUUCCAAGCUCUGGACGUUCCGCCCUCGUCAUGGGGUGAUGCCGCUGCAAUAAGCCCGACCGCGACGGAUGGCAGUUUCAUUGUUUUCUUUCCUGGUGUUGGGUUCAAAUACCUGGACCUGUCGCUAGACAACUCUUCAUGGAGAGAGGGGGGGAACUUCUCAGGCGCCAUUGCUUCACACAUCGGCAUGCUGCAUCAUCAAACCGGAGACUCUUGCUACAUAUCCUUUGCAGAGACGCCACCGAAGUCCUGGGCGUGCUACCAGCUUGUCUGCAAAGAUGGUAAAGCUCCAUCUCCACAGCUGGCAGAGAGGGUGUGCCUGCCAGGCGAGAUCCGAGCCGCUUGUGAUGCUGGUGAUGGCUUUGCCGCUCUUGCAAUCUCAAGUGGCCAGCUCCGUUUUGUGGACUUAGCAAGUGGUAAAGGUGGCAAAGGCCUUAAGCUCGGCGAAGCUAAGAAGUGCGUGGCAUUGACCCGACUUGCAAAACGAAAGGUGCUCAUGGUUCGGGAUCGUGCGGAUCGUGGAAGCAUCGGGCCGGAGUUUCUGAUCAUCGAGCUGGACGAAUUCCAGGCAGUGUCCUUGCAGAGGCGGGGCAUGCUUCACACGGGUUCCAUCAGCCCUCUUGCGGGACGGCUCGAGUCGGCGGUGGUAACCCACGAGGAAGAGGAGCGAGUCUUGCUCUGUUGGCGGGAGCCAGUCAUGAUGAAUGGAGGUACACCCAACGGCCACGCUGAGCAGGGAACGGUGUGCCACGUAGCCACGACUGUGCUGAGAGACAAAGACAACAAUGUGGUACGGUUGCCCGAGCCCUCAGCGAGUUGCCAAGUGGCAGCCACCGCGGGCUACUACGCGGAAUUGCACUGUGAAGGUAGCACGUUAUCCUUCCACCUGCGGGAAGCUCGCUACGGCUUGGCUGUGGCAUCCGGGCAGGCAUCAAUCAAGAUCGACUCGAAGUCACAUCACACGGUCUCCACUCAGACGGCCGGUUCGGUGACCUUAGUGUACUCUGGCGCUGGCUUUGCAGCCAUCAAGUGGCACCUGCCGCUCUUCUCACUGAAGGGCCUCGUCGCUCGGCGCUCCGAAGCGCCCGAAGCGCGCCGACUGCGAAGAGAACUGGAUGGGGGUGCAGCUGCUUUGAGCCAGAAACGUAAGCGAAACGAAGAGGAUGGACAUAAAGAGCUCUCCAUGCAAGGCCUGGCAGAGCUUGUUUGUCGUUGCGGCGCCUUGCAGAAAAAUGAUGUCGCACUGCUAAAGGCUUGUUUGAAGCCGGAAGACCUACACUCCGUCACCAGGAUCCUGCUGAAUUGGCUGCGCUUACAUCAAGGCAUACCUGCAGCAGAGAUAAAGAAAGUCGCUCCGAGGAUGCCGCGACUCGCUUCGAUAGUUUCUUUUCUGAAGGCAAUGGUUGAUGCCUUCCUGCCAGUGAUUCGUGAUAUAGCACCAGACGACAUCGAAGCGGUUCUAGAACGACUGGUCGUCGCGCAGGGUGCCUCCCGGCGAAGCGAGAAGCUCUACGCACGAGCCCGCGAAGCAUGCAGGCAAUGCCGGGAAAAGCCUCGAGCGAGCGAGGUCAACACGAAGAAGAACCUCGAGAUACAACGGAAGCUGAAAGCUCCGAAAGUGGAGAUAAGUGUCUUGAGGUUUUGA